CCAGCUUACCUGAACCUGAAACAACGAGUGGACAACUUCGUCUCCAAUCACCUCUCCAACCACACAUGGAGCCCCCAGUUGAACAAAAACCAGUUGCGAAACAACAUCAGACAGCUUGUGUUGCAUCUUUCUUAGAUCGGGCAUGCUGGAGCAGGGAGUGGACAGAAUCGUAGCCCAGGUGGUGGAUCCCAAAGUCAACCACAUCUUCAGGCCACAGGUAGAGAAAGUAGUCCGCCAGUUUCUGUCACCCGGCACCAGCAGUGUGGAUCCGCCAGAGGCGAUGCCUUCUCCCGAGACCAACGCCGAUGCCGUCGUUCCUCAGCAGGCCUCAUCGUCUGUGCCGACAUCCACUCCUGCCACAGACGCCAUGUCAAUCCUGGACGUCAUCACCUCUCUCAACCAGGAGGCUAACAGCAGGACCCCCGAGAAGGUCCUCAAAGCCCUCGAUGAGCUCGUUGAGGACGGCGAGCAGGACAUGAGUCUGGAUGAGGAGGAAGACAAGAAGACUGAACAAGAACAGGAAGAGGAAGCAAAGACGGGGGCAGAGGGCCAAGAAUUAGAGGUCAAGACUGACGGCCCUCCGGACCAGAUGGAUGUUGGGAAAGAAAUAUCUACGGAGGAGGAAGAGCCACAAGCAGAAGAUCAGGCUGAGGAGAAAUCCAAAGAGGGCGAAAAACCAACUGGGAAACCUUCAGAGGAAAAGCAGGAGGAAGAUAGCUGUCAGGCCAAGCAGAAAGCCAAAGAGAGGAUAAAGGAAGAGUAUUCUUUGGAGGACUCUGAUUUAGAUGGCCUGAGUGACAUUACAGUGAGUUCCGUGCACACGAGCGACCUGUCAUCAUUUGAAGGGGAGAGCGAAGAAGAGGUGCCGUUGUCCGAUUCCUCCGAGGAGGGCGAGCGCACACUCGAUGGUGAGAACUCAGACAAGAGAGAAACAAGCGAGGAGACAGGAGAAGAAGGCAAAGAAAGCAAACCUCGCCGCAAGGCCUACGUGCACAAGCCCUUCCUGUACUCCCGUUACUAUAGCGACUCAGAUGAUGAAGUCACAGUGGAGGAACGGCGGCGAUCUGUCGCCAAGGACAAAGAGGAACGUCUUCUCAAAAGGCAGCAAAAUCGAGAGCGAAUGGAAGAGAAGCGGAAGCAGAAAGCAGCACAGUCUGAAGAACAAGAUCAGAUAAAACACAAGAGUGGCCUCUCUGCUGGGCUCGUGACACCCCGAGCCAAAGAAGCCCGCAAAGAGCGGAAAGUUCUGGAGAAAAAAGUGGCUCUUAGCAGAAAGAGGAAGCUAGACUCACGGAGCGAGGGAGAUGUGACCAAUGGGAAAAAAGAAGCUGGAGAAACAUCAAAGAAACCAGAAGUAAAAUCAACACAAUUGCGCAACCUACAGCAGAAGAUGGUGAAGAAUCUUUCGGACUCCUCAGUGCCGGAUGAGAAGCACUCAAAGAUAAGCGGUAGUGGGAACGUAUCAGAAGAUCCUGGCGACGCCAAGAAACUCCUUGACAAAAGCCGUACGCACUCCUUUAUCUUAGACUUGGAGCUGGGCUCACAGGAGGCUCUCAGGCAGCGCUCUGUCGGGAAGUUUGACCGUCCGCCCCGCAAGGAGCGGAAAGAAAAGGAGCGCUGCGUGUCGGAGGAGCUCCCCAAGCUCAAACAGAAGCAGGAGAAAAAAUCUGAACCCCAGAUAAACGAAUCCCAGCAGAAGGACGGUGUUCCUGGGAAGCCGCCGUCCUCUGACGAGAAAAGCGAGAAGAAACCUCGAGUGAAAAAUGAGAAGAAAAUGACCGGCGCAAAGGAACAGAAACAGUCUGUGUCCGAGGUGGACGACCCUUUGGCCAAGCGGAUGCGUGCGCAGUCUGUUGAGAAGGACAAGAGUAGAGAGAAGGACAAGAUAAAAGAGAAAGAGAGGGUCAAAGGAGAGAAAACAGCAGCAAUAAGUGAAUCAAAGCAACCGCUCUGGCCAGAUUCUUCAGGGUCUUUGGAGGACCGGCCUGAGGUGGGAGUCGUGGGAGCGGACAGUGCUAAGAAGAAGGAAAAACAUUCCAAAGAUAUACUGAAAAGGUCCAAGAGCCACAGUGAAGACCGGCAAGGGGACAAGCCCAAACUAAAAAUGGAAAACAAAGAGAAGCCGCAAGCUGAGCAACCAAACAAGACCCUUGCUGACGGCGACAAAAGAAUAAACACAGCAGAGAAAGGAAAAACCACAGAAAAGUCCAAAUCCAGAGAAGAACCGAAGUCUCACACGCACUUGAAGACAGAAAAGAAAACUCAUGCCUUGGACAUUCGUGGAGCCUCAGGUGUUGGCAAACCUGAAAAAGAGAAGAAGAAGGAGGCAACUCUGAAGGAGCAGAGGAGGAGCUCUGAAGAGCAAGACGUCAAAAGCACAAGGAAAAAAGGGGACAAGAAGGAGAAAGCAAAGAAGGAGGAAAGCCAUGAGAAGGAAGCACCCAGAGAAGACAAAGUAGAGAAUUCUGACUUCUCUCUUGGCGUUGAAGCUGAGGAUGCGCAGAUGAAAGCAACACACUCUGAAGCAGUUGCUGCCACCUCCUCUGAUGACUCCCGUGAACCUUUAAUCCACAUUGCCCCCGAAGGCGAGACACAAGUGCGGGAAAUACCCCACGUGCCCCCGGAGGCCGACGCUCUGCUGACACUAAUGGACGUCUGCACCUCGGCGAUGGACGCCAGUCUGCACUCGGUGGCGAGCAGGGAGCACACUCCACUGCAAGUGACGCUUCGGGACGCUGACAUGAAGAUGAAAGAGGCGGCCCUCACGCUGCUCUCCAUGGACCCCGACAGCGCUUUGUCCCCCAGCUUCAUGAAUCAUAGAUUAAAGGAGGAGUCGGAGGAGGCAGUAUCUGAGGAAACCAAGCCCAAACCACAAGAAGAGCCACAAAGUGCUGGUGAUGUGUCUAAGACUUGUGAAUUGUCACCCUUUGCAUCCCAGACAGUGAAGAUUGAUGUUGACAAAUCGAACAGUGAAGAGAAGUCUGAAAUGGAUGCAACAAGUGCUCAUAUACCUGUUUGGCCUGCUUUCCAGGAUGAUGACACACAGCCAAAUGGCCUUCCUUCGGAUCAGGAUGAAGCCAAAGAUGGGGAGAGAGCUGCUGACACAAAACCAGCUGACAAAGAGCCCACACCUGCUGAUGAACAUCCCGAUGAUGCCGGCACAGGAAACCUGCAGCAAAAUGCAGCUGUACCUCCAUGUGAGGCACCUACUCUCGAGCAUGUCUCCAGUCCACAAGACCAUACUGAUUCUGAUGUUGUCAGACAGAUGGGAACCAAAGUAGAAGAGGUAUUAGAUGAGGAGCAGAUGGAUGUCACUUAUGGCAAACUUGAUGUGAAAAACCAGGAGGAGGACUGUAGCACACAAACUGUUCAACUGUGCGCUCCACCCAUAGCAGUGAGAGAACCCACAAGUGGAACAGAAGAGGCCAAACAAGAAAGUGAGACCAUAGACGUUCAUGAGACAGCAAAGGAGUCUGAGGUGUCAGACAAGCAGGAAAGAGGACGAGGUGCACGUAAGCGAAAGCUGUCCAGUCAGAAUGCUGCAGCAGUGAAUGAAUACAGUGAGGAGCAGGAUGCAAAGGAACCAUCAUCUGAGGAAGCUGAGCAGUUGAAAGUCGUGAAGGAGAAAACGCCACGCAGGGGACGAUCGUCCAAAACUGUAGAACACGUGGAGGAGGAGCCACCGAAGCAGUUGGAGAAGAGGGAGCAGACGCCGAGUCGCAGAGGGAGACGUUCAGCAGCCAAAGGACACUUUUCGGAUGAACCAGCAGUGAAGAAGAGGAGGAGAUUUUUGAAGGGUGGAGAACCUAAAGAGGGAGAUGAGAUGAUCAAGAACACCAGCGAGGAGGCCUUGAUGGGCACAUGUGAGGAAACACUGAAGGACACAUGUAAGGAUUCAAUUGUGGAAACAAGUGAGGAGGCCACCAGGGACACAAGUGUUGAGACUGUCGAGAGCACAAACAAGGAGACCAUCAAGGACACAAGUGAAGAGGAUGUACUAGUAACAAAUGAGGAGCCAACAAAGCAUACAAGUGAGGCGGUGACGAAGAUCACAAGUGAGGAAACCAUCAAGGACGUAAGUGAAGAGGCGACGAUGCAAAACAAUGAGGACGUCACCGAGGACGUUGGCAAAGACAGCACAAAGGACGCAAGUGAGAAGGGGACAACAGAGAAAAAUGAGGAGGUCUUAAAGGAUUUAAAUAAGGAGGACAUCAUGGACACUAGUGAUGGCUACAAAAGUGAAGAGGCCAUCAAUGAGGAUGCAUCAGCGGACACAUACGAGGAGCCCAUAAAGAACACAAGUGAGGAGGCAGUGAAGGCGCAAGGAGAGGACCAGCAGAUAGGCCAAAACAUUGUGAGCCCGACCGAAGGCCACAAGGAGGCAAAAGAGGGGAGCGGCACUGAGAACAGACCCAAUGACGUUGACGGGCAGCCAGGUGCCACUCCCAAGAAGCCCGCUCGGAGGGGAAGACCCCCCAAGGCUGCAACGUCAUCAGAUGACUUAGAGAAAAAAGAUAAAAAGACACGAGAAAAGGAGAUGGAGGAUGAUGAGGAUGAGAAAGAGGGUGAUGGGAAAGAAACGAAGGGCAGAGCGACGACACGCUUGGCGUCUCGCUUGGAAGCUGAAAGAAACAAGCCCAGCAAACCGUCCACGCGAGCCAGUAGGCAAAGUGGCAAAGACGAGAAUGCGGCUGGCGCACGCGGGACCAGAGGCCAGGCGACCGUCACCAAGGGAGUCCGCAAACUGGAGGCCAGCCCCCCUGCGGUGCGGACGCGGGGAGGACAGAAGUCAGAGGAGCCCCCGGCCAAGCGAGGAAAACGCUGAGCUCUUGUCAACAAUUAGACCAAAAGAGUUGCGAAAGGAACACAAUGUGUAACAAUCACUUGUGCUUCUGCUCACACCGCAUCAUUCCUUUUUAAGUGGAUUGAAUUCACAACUAGUGAAAUGAACUGAGGCCACACGCAAACGUGACAGUUUAUUAGCGUUUUUAUAGUGAAAUAUUUAUUCUGUAAAUGGCAAAAUGUCUUUUACUUUAUGUACUUUUUGUCCUAUGUCAGAUCACUUCUCCAUGGUGAGGUUUCAACAAAACAUGACCACCAUGAACUUUAAUUGAAAACAACUCACAAAAAGGGCAUAUUCACCUUGCUUGUGAAAUUUGAUUUUGGUUCUAAAAUCAACAAGAACUGAUUGCGCUUGACCAACAAUUCGGUGUUAUAGUACAUUUUUGCACAUCUUAACUUUCUCUUGAUACUAAUUAACAGUUGACACACCCCUGUUUUAUGCUGUAUUUUGGUGAUAUACAUAUUUGGACCAAGGACAAUACUUCAAAACUCUUCUCAUAAAACUUGCACGACACUUUUUCUAGGUGUGGCUGUAAUCAACAUUAACCAAUCAUGUCUGAAGUCAUUAAAGGGAAGUCUGUA